AUGCGAUUUUCUUCGUUAAAAAUAGACGCGCCAAAUUUCGUCAUAAUAAACAAAAGGUUUUGAGAAUAAGGUUGACAAUGCCAGGACUAUUAGAGUCUUGCAAGAAACUGUUCAAAACUAAAGAUCUGUACAAAGUUCUUUCACUCCCCAAAAAUGCAUCUCCUAGUGAAGUAAAAAGAGGCUACCACAAGCUGUCUCUGAAAGUACAUCCUGACAGAGUCCAUGGAGAUGGAAAGAAGACGGCCACAGAGAAAUUCCAGGUCCUUGGAAAGAUAUACUGUAUUCUGUCAGAUAAAGACAAAAGAGCAGUAUAUGAUGAAACAGGUGAAGUUGAUGAUGAAGAUGAUGUUUUGACACAAGACAAGGAUUGGUAUGAUUACUGGAGAAUUCUAUUUCAUCAAGUCACACCUCAGGAUAUUAAAGAAUUUGAAGAAAAAUAUAAAGGCUCUGAUGAAGAGUUAGCUGACUUAAAAGAUUUGUACUGUGAAUAUGAAGGUGAUAUGGGCAUGAUUAUGGAUGGAGUGAUGUGUUGUACUGCCGAGGAUGAACCAAGGUUUAUACAAAUCAUCAAAGAUUUAAUAAAGAAAAAGGAAAUUACAGAGUAUAAAGGCUUUACAAAAAGCAUAACUAAGUCAAAAAUAGCUGAGAGAAAACGAAAGGCUGAUGAGGAGGCAGAUGAAGCUGAGGAAGAGGCUAAGAAGUUAGGACUUGGGGAGGAAGACGAGGCAUUAAAAUCUCUAAUUCAUUCAAAUCAGCAGUCACGGGCAAAACAAAUGGACAGUUUCUUUGCUGAUCUAGAGGCAAAAUAUGCAGAGCCAGAAAAAAAGACAAAAAGUAAAGGAAAAUCUAAGAGAAAAUGAACUGAUGUGUAAUUUGUUUAUGAACCUGUUGUUAUAUAAUUUAUUGUUGAACAAAACAAAUAAUAAAAGGCAUGUUACAUUGUUAA